ACGAAUAGCGCCAUCUCCGGUGAAAUGCAUGCUAAGUGAGAUUAGCCAAAACUGAAGUCGGAAGUGACAGAAUUUGUUUGCAUUUUAUGCCUUUCUUUUCUUUUUCCCAAAGCAGGUAAAAGAAUUAUCCUAGCAUGAUGACAUUGUCCAUUGAUCAAGUACUGUGUGAUGCAAGAAGGCUGGUCGAAAGGUUGAAAGAACACGACAGUGCUGCUGAUCAUCUUAUUCAAGAAACUACAACUCUGAACAAGAAAAUUGAAGUCAUGAAAGAGUACCAAGAGGAGAUCGAGGAGAUGAACAACAUCGCACACCACCGGCCCCGCUCCGCCCUGAUCCUUGGGAUCCAGCAGGAGAACAGACAAAUCAGGGAGCUGCAGAAGGAGAACCAGGAGCUGCGGGUGGCCCUGGAGGAGCAUCAGUCGGCCCUAGAUCUGAUCAUGAGCAGCUACCGGGACCAGGUCUCGAGGCUGGUCAACGCGAACCAGGCCGAGAGGGACAACAUGAUUGCUAAUAAGAAGAUGAUGGAGUUUGAACAGGACCCAGCCGCUUCCUCAGUCGAAAAGAUAAUCGAGAUGGCUGCCGUCAUGCAGCGGGCCAUCGACGUCGACGAGCAGAGCUCCUACGACGUUGAGGAAACCUUGGCGCGACUUCAGAUGGAGAACCGUGGCCUUCGAGAACUGUUGCAGAUCUCCAGGACGACCCAGGCGAGGCACACACCCGCCUACAGCAGGGAGGGCAGCGAGGACUUGGGAGAGAGGGAAAAGGGCAACGAAGAGGACGGGGAGAAGGAUAAUGAUACGAGCGAGAGUGACAGCGACAGAGACACAUCGGUCAUACACGACACAACUGUCAUAGAAAUGGAUAAGAAUGGUGUUCCGUUGAAAUGAUGUCAGCAGAUUCUCUCACAUGAACUAGGUUGAUAAUCCCUCUGAUGAACACUGCACCAGGAUGAACUAUGUGUGUGACCAAGAAUGGAUACAAACUGCAUAGCUGUAUUUGUAUUGUGGCCCACACAGGGUUGCGCUUAAAGGAAACCAAAAUUCAAGAAAAGAAGCAAUCUUAUUGGAAAGAGUAAAAAGAGAGGAACAAUUCAAAACAA